AGGAAAAUAUGUGAAAACUAUGCAAACAAAUAAUCUUUAUAAUUUUUUUUCAAACCUAAAUUACCCUUAAAAAGGGGGAAAAGGUCGAUUGUACCCUAUUUAGACAAAGUUUGUUUACAAAAAAAGCUGGCGUAGAGAGUAUGCAUUUGCAGACCCAGCCAACCAAUUUAUUGCUAUGAUUGGGCCUGAAAAGGUAUGGAAAAUUCCCUUAUAUCUAUAGUGGGAAGUUCAUGAAACUUGUCCGGACGCUUUUUGUUCUCCCACACAGAGAAUACACCCUUCUUUUCGAUUCAGUAACCCCCCUUGUGCUGGUUGACCUGUUGACCUGUGAUGGACCAACAUGGCUGCUCCCUCCCUCGGAAAGCUGGACGCCAUUUGUGCCCGACUCAAGUCCUCUCAGCUGCCCCUCGCCUCACCGGCUGCCUCCGAUACUGAGCGACAGAGCAGCGACUCAGAACGCGGGCAGAAUGGCCUGCAUGGCUCCACACCGCUGGGGAAGUGUCCGGUACAGAGGGGUCAGACAAAUGGUGGGCCGGCUCCCCGCGCCUCGACCUUCAUUGGUGCAGCAACGGUCCUGGGAGGUGGUGGUGUGGGGGAGGGGGGCGGGCUAGAGGGGGACAGAGUAACGGCUAAACAUAGCCACGAGGGCUCUCUACAAAAUGGCGGGCCAGGGGGUCUACCCACAACGACUUCUAGCAGUAUUACUUCUGUUUGCAACAGCAGUGGCAGCAGCAGCAUCAACAACAACAACAACACAGAUGCCGCCGACUUGAACAACGAAAAGGAUCCUGUCUCCGGCCUGGUGGCCCAGUCUGCGCCAGACUCAACCACCGUGUCCCUAGACUGGUCAGUAUCCUCCACCACCGCCGACCCUGGCCGGCUGGAUGCUCACAGGGGCCGGGCCGAUGAGCCAGUCUCCAGCUCUGUCCUCUCCACUGACAUUGAUGAGCUCAGCGCCAACAAGUGGUCAAAAGACGGACCUGGCUCUCAAACAUCUCCCAGAAAUCCUUCAGGUGUGCCUGAAACCUCUUCUUCUUCUAGUGUGUGUCACAAAGGGUCGGAAGAAUCCUGCGGGUUGAGAGGUAGCUCGACCCCCCUCAGUGCUCAGGUCUCCUCAGCCGAUAGUUGUCCUCGGGAAAACGGUCACUGCUCCUCCGAACAGGAUUUGAGUGCUGUGAGCUCCAGUAAUGAGAACCCGAAGUUUGGUUCUGACGCCAAAGAUGAUGAUGAAACGGUCAAACAAAACGAUUCCACCACUGUCUCAGGCUCUACAUCGGCGGAGUUGUCGUCUUCCUCAUCGACGUCACCAUCCUCGUAUGACUGUCCCCCAUCUCUGUCCAAUGCUCAAACCAACAAAAGUAUUCCUGUAUCUUGUGGUGGGGAAGCCCGCGAGAGCCAGCCCACACCCGCCGCUCAAAACCUCGAUGGGGAGCGUAAAGAGUCGGAGGGUCAGACUGGGGGCAGGGCUCAAUCUGACGAGAGAGAGAGCUUGGCAGAGAAGACAACUGUAGUUGGGGAGAAGAUGGUGUCGACUGAGAGCCCUGUUGCCAGCUCAGGCAAAGACGCCACCCACCAAGAAUUCGUUCAUCAGCUUGCAGAGUCGGCCACUCAGGAAUCAGCAUCGAAACAAACUCCGCAAAGCCACACAGUCGUGACGCCUCCAUCAACUAAUGGUAGACGGAAAAGUCGCAAGCCCUCAAAACCUCGGAAGCAAAUAACGGAAAAGUUUUACUCUGACAUCACAGAUGAUAGUUCGGCGUCGGUGUUUGGGUACCCCAACGACAGCGGUGAUCUCUUGGAUCUGGAGCAAAACGUGGCUGAGAAACAGUCCAGCCCGACGGGGAAUAUCUCAACAGGGGAUAAUCCAUGCAUAGGGGGCACCGGGAAGCCAGGGAGGAAAAGCCAACUGGAAACUCUCAUGAAAUCCACGAUGCAUUUUUUGUCUCCGCCGAAAGCGUUUUCUCACCUGGACCUGUCAGGUGUUGACCCAUCAGAUCAAACGAUCGGCCUCCGAGGUGGUCACGUGGUUUUCAACAACAAAGAAGAACCGCAGUCUGUGUCUCCUCCAGGAUUAUCUUCCAAAUUCCAGCAGCCAAAUUUUUUGGAGGUCCCAGCCGUCCAGGAGAACAACUCGAGACUCGGGGCUGCUUCCAGAGACAGCCGAGUGGUACCAUCCAAACGACAAAUCAGCCGGGCCAACUCAUCGACGUCCGAUAACACCGACUCCAAGGGUCUGGUGGAUUUUGCCCGUAACACCAUGCAGGAGCUGCUGGGAAUCUACGGCUUUGAGGGCAACGACAGCCGCAGCACGACGGAUCUCAGCAAGCUGGAGGCGGGUCUGCAGACGUUUCAGGCCAGUAAACUGCUCAACGCCGACCUCCUCAGCAGGUUGUCAGACAAGGUUCCGCCGGUCGCUGAAGUGCUGCCAUUGGCCAACGCUGGCCCAACCCGGCCCAAGUCUGGCAUCUUCCGGAAGAACGUCUACACGAGCCUUAGUCCUGCGUCUGCUGAAGAAAGCAACAAAAACACCACCACCAACAGCAACAACAACAACAGCUUGAAUGGCUUCAGCCCAUCUGUGACGGGUCCGGCAGUCCCAAACAAGGUCGCAUCUACCCCGCCCCCGGCCAAAGAUGCUGUCGCCAGCGGUGCUGCAGGCAAACCCUCGUCUAACAAAAAGUCAGGCAGUCAGAAAACGCUGACCUCAGCAGAUUACAGCAAGUAUAUCAAACGCUACGGCAACGGCAUCGACUGCGGCGGGAAACUGUGCCAUGACCUGGGCUACCGGGACCACUACCACUGUCUGGACUGCCCCUACAAGGUGUUCAUCAGGAAAGAGGAGAUGGUUCGACACUUCAAGUGGCACAAGAAGCGGCACGACUCGCUGCAGCACGGCUUCAUGCGCUACAGCCCGAUGGAUGACUGCAGUAAGAAGUACGGCUCGUGCACGCACAACGGGAGGCAGACCCACUACCACUGUGUGCAGAGGGGCUGCAACAAGGUCUACAUCAGCACCUCCGACGUCCAGAUGCACGCCAACUUCCACCGCAAGGACACAGCCAUCAUCCAGGAGGGAUUUCAGAGAUUCCGAGCCACAGAAGACUGUGGGACCACUUCCUGUGCGUUCUACGGACAGCGUACGACCCACUUCCACUGUCGCAGGCCUCAGUGUAACUUCACGUUCAAGAACAAAGCGGAUAUGGAAAAACACAAGAGCUACCAUCAAAAGGACGAGGUCCUGAGCCGAGACGGGUUCAAGAAGUUCAUGAAGUACGAGAGCUGCCCGUACUCUGGCUGCCGCUACUCCAAGCAGAGUAACCACAUCCACUGUAUCCGGCCAGGUUGCCAGUACGUCCUUCACUCCACCGCCCAGCUCUACUCCCACAAACGGAAGCACGAGAGACGAGAGUUCGAGAACGCUUACCGCAACUUCCGCCAGCUCCAGCAGCACGGAACUCCCUCGCAGCAAGUCAAGGUCGAUACCUCAGGGGUCAAGGUCACUACGGCAAACACGCCGAGCGCUCUGGCCAUGACUCCGAGCCCAAUCAAGGCUGGUGCGGCUGAGGCGGGCGGUCAGCGGGUGCCAGGUGUGCCCGUGCUGGGUGGGUCAGCAGUCAACUCUGUACAGGGUUUCCCCCUGUCUGGCUCUGGCACGCAGGGAAUGUUCUCUACGCUGUCGGACAAAGGAAUUUCUGCUCAAGGACUGGCCUUGUUGAGAGGGAGAGACGCGAGCAGAGUGGCAGGCAUGCACAAGUUAGCUCUGAAUCUGGCGGGAGGCGGUGCGGUGGCCAUAGGGGAGGCUCUAAAUCUGAGCAGUCAGGGCAUGAGCAUGGGAGGGGAAGGAGGAAAUGGUGUGCCUGGUAGGUCAGACAGUGAGGAUGAGGACAGAAAGACAAUGGCCUUGCCAGUUAGGGUGGUGGAUGACCCGAACAUGUCGCGGCUGCCAGCGUCGGUUCCGCGCGAGAUGAUGCAGCAGAGGCAGAGUGGGGCCGGGAAGUCGUUCUCUGCCCUUCCAGAGGAGCUGAGGGCGAGCGAGGUAAAGAACGAGCCCGAGGAUCUCUCCCUGCCGGGAAACAAACGGAAAGCUGAUGUAUUGGAGGACGAUGAUGUGACGGUCAAGCAGGAGCCAGUAGCGGGGGACGAGGUGAAAGGUCACGCAGAACUAUCAAACUCCUCCUACGCAGGAAGUCAGGAUAUAAUCAUGCGUGGAGGAGAGGAAGAGGAGGAGGAUGAUGAUGAGGAUGAUGAUGAUGAUGAAGACGAUGAUGAUAAAGACUAUGGGCAGGAGGAAGAGCCGACAUUGGUGAACAAGACAAGCACGCUGGAGGGGGAGGUCCUCAACGACUCUCUCAACCUGCCCAUCCCUGGACAGGAGCAGGGGGGUUGUGACCUCCGCCUCAAGCAAGAACUCACCACCACCAACAACAACACUGCCCCUCCCCUCAACAUCACCACCACCGCCACAUCUGUCAAGGGACCUGACGAGAAACCUUCCAUCCUGGUCAGUGAGCAGAAGGUUGCCAGGAGCGUGUUGAACAACGGCGUGGGGCUGGGUGAGGUGCCGUCGGUCGGUGUCCGCUACAAGCAGGCGCUGGAGGGCGGACAGCUUGGUGGGCCGCGGGCCUUGCUCAACACCAAGGGGAAAGUACUUGGGGUCCAGUUGCCCGUCAAGUUGGUGCCGGAGAAGAGAGAGAGGGAUGAGUCGUGGAAGAAAUACCUCAUCAGGUACACAGCCAAUGACGCGUGUUUCUCGCGCUGCGCCUGUCUGUACAAGGACCACUACCACUGCCGCAUCAAGGGUUGCCAGGUCAUCUUCAAGUCCAAGGACGGAGUCCGAGGCCACGCCAGGUUCCAUGAGCUUCAGGACAACGUGACCCCGCUGGUGUUCAGCAAAUUUGAGGAAUCUGACCAGUGUCCACACCCGACCUGUUCCCUGCGCGGGAAGGAGGCUCACUAUCAUUGUAACUGGACCAACUGCAGUCAUGUGAUCCCGCAGGCCGGGCCAACAUUUGCUCGUCUGGAGCACUACAGGAUCCACGAGUACACCUCCGUCUCGGCAGGAAAAGCCCGGAGCAGCUCCCAGUCGCAGGCGGCAAAAGUUGAGCUUGACCCCUUACAAAAACGUCGGGGUCGUCCACCGAAGUACCCGCGCUAUGACUUGCCAUCGGUGCCGAAAGUCCACCUGACGGAGAAAGAGAUCCUCGACUCCACCCUGGAUUUUCUGCACAAGAAGUGCGACGAGAACAGCAAGAUUGUCAACGGGUUUAAGAAAUUUUCGGCGGGUGAAGCGUGUCCGGACGAUCAGUGCACAUACCAGGGGAAGAUCCACUACCACUGCGGGCGCAAGUUCUGCCACACAUCCACGGACAGACAAGAUGUGCUCAACCUGCACGCCAAGGAUUUCCACAACAACAUCACCAUCCUGGAGGGGUUCGAGUUCUUCGAGCGGCUCGUCAACUGCCGGCGGCCCCACUGCCACAACAACCAGAUCAACAAACACUUCCACUGCAUGCGGCCGCGCUGCGACUACUCAUUUGUGCGACCCAGCACCAUGUCGCAGCACAACAAGAAGCACCCGACGGUGACCGCAGAGGUUCUGGCCACGCCCCCGUCUCACACCUCUGUCUCCCUCACCUCCCGAGACACCAAGUCUGCCCUCCAACAGUUUAUCCCCAUCGCCCCGGCUGUGUCCCGGUCUUCCCCGUCGCUGGCGCUGUCACCCCUCGCUGUGGCCGCUACCUCAACCUCUGUGUCUCAGGUCAGCACCCAGCUGGAAGGGAUUUCCUCGGCAGGGAAAAAAGUUCUGAGCAAGGGGGGGUCGACGACUGUGAAUGUGGCCGACAACGCCACUGGUGGCAACAAGAACGUGGUCAAAUCCUCUGGUACGUUCUUCCCCAUCUCCGGCCUGCCCGGUGUCCAGCUGACCAAGAUCAGUUCGGGCUCGGUCACCUCGUCACAGCUGCUGAACUCAGGGGGGACGACUCAAGUCCUGUCUCCCGUGGGGAAUGUCCCGCUGGUGUCGGCCGCGCAGGUGUUGCAGACGCAGGCGGGGACACCUGUCCUCACCCUCCCCCCCAACAUGGUCCCCACGUCCAUCCCCGUCCUGGCACAGACCACCCAGGGCCAACAACCCAGCAUCCUGACCGGCAUCAUCCCCGUCGGGCAGCUGGCCCAGCCCGGAACUCUCCAGACGCAGCAGUUUGUCAACCUGGCAGGCGGCCAGAUCAUCGCCACCUCCCAGGGCCACUUCUUGCACCAGGGCGGCCUCCUGGGCAGUAACCUGGUACAGGUCAUCCCCGCCUCCAUGGCAACCAGCAUCGCCACGGCAGCCAGCACCUCCAGCAACAUGGCUGCCAUCACCACAUCCUCAGCUGCCACGUCCGCCCCCGUCACCAUCCUCCUACAACAACAACAACAACAACAACAGCAGCAACAGCAGCAGCAGGAGCAGGGCGGUGGCUCAGGCCCCCUCAGCUGGGCCAGCCUGAAGAAACGCAUGCACUUCUCGGUGGAGCUGACCUGUGGCCGGCCGUUCUGUAAGCUGAAGAAGAAGGAGCACUACCACUGCCUGGACUGCAACCAGGCCUUCUCCGACCCAGCCAGGCUGAGAGCUCACAUCGGGAAACACGGGUUCAAGUUUAAAAAGUCUGACGCGAGCAUGAAGCUGGAGAAAGAUGGCGUGGGUGGUGGUGGGUCAGAGGCUAGCCCUGGGCUGGUCCCGGUGGAUCUGUCGAUGGCGUCGUCACAACCCGUCACCAGCAGUCUGGACAGAGACGAGAAUGUGUCACGGGAUGAGUCGGGGGGUGAGGACGAGCUGUCUUCCUCCCUCAACCUGAGGCCGGCCGUGUUCACCAGCAUGGUGGCUGCCAAGAGGAGUGAGGCGGACACAAAGUUGGUGUCUUCCACCGACCCCCAUGACAUUGCUGUGGCGGGGAGGGUGGGGAAGGAAGCCUGGUCCCUGUCCAUGUCAGAGAGAGCCAGGAGCGGCGUGGACGAUGUAGACGAUGACGAAGAUGAGGAGGUUCAGGAGGUGCAUUCUUCAGGUCUGAACACAACCAGUGACAACAAGGCAGAUGAUCUAGAUUCCCCGUCCCUCAUGAUUGAUGACAGUUUUGAAGAGAGCAACGAAUCCUCCCUCAACAAUUCUUCCUCCAGUCUCACUUUGUGUUCAUCUUUAUCCCGAAAGUCAAGCCGCAAACGCACAGCAACCAAAAACUCUGAUUUUGUCAACUCUGACUCUCUUGUCAUUCCGAAAGCUCCUAAGCAAAGAAGGUCGUACAACACGUCCAAGGGCGACUCGGACCUGCCUGAGGGCUACAGGCGUGUUCGGUGCGGUGAGGACUGUGGCUACGUGCGAUGUGCUUACAGGCAGACUGUAACACACUUCCACUGCCUGCGCGCCGACUGCGGUUACGGAUUCAGUGACAAGUCGCGCAUCAUGCAGCACCGCAUCCGACACGAGCGCCUAGACGCCCUCAUGGGCGGGGAGUUCCAGCAGUUCCGAGCCUCUGUCAGCUGUGAGCGCGCUGACUGCGAGUUUGACGAGAAGGCCUCUCACUUCCACUGCCUCAAGUGUCCGUACUCGUGCGCCGACUCCAGCAAAGUACCGGCCCAUAGAAAGUACCACACCAAGCUGGACAACAUCAGCAGCAACGGCUUCAUCAAGUACGCCGGCUCGGCCGACUGCCAGGUCACAGGGUGCUCCUACGCCCUGAAGCAGACGCACUACCACUGCACGUUCCCGGGCUGCAACCACGCUGUGUUGGGACCCUCACAGAUGGCUCCACACAAGCUCAAGCAUGCACAGCACCAGUCUGUGUGAUGGAGGGAGGGGAGGAGCCAGAGCCAUGGGCUGAGAGUCUGUGUAACGUAAGGUGUAGCCUGAUCUGUUGGCUGGGAUUCUGUGUAACGUAAGGCGUAGCUUGAUCUGUGGGCUGGGAGUCUGUGUAACGUAAGGCGUAGCAGGAACUGUGGGCUGAAAGCAAAGACUGUUGUGUUCUGUGGAACGUAGGGAGUAUCUGGAACUGUAGGUUGGAAGUAAAGACAGUUGUGUUCUGUGGAACCUAGGGAAUAGCCAGAACUGAAACGCUGCCAACCAGUGCGUAAAAAAUGUAUUAAAUAUCUCUGUGGGGGUCUGAGUAUGGAAGAGGGUUUUCAUAUCGGACAAUAUGUAUUCUGUUUUCUAGGAUUGCCUCUCGUGGACCUGAAAGCGGAAAAGUUAUAUUAUAUAAUAAUAAUAAAUACAGUUAGAUAUUUUUCCCCCAUAAGUAAACUUUUAAAGUUGCUCCUUUGUGCAGCUACAUGCUCUGUUUAUUUUUAAGGCUCAGAGUUUGUUCUAUAAGCUUUGUUUUGUUCACCUUUAGAUAACAAGAUCCUUGCUGCAACUGGUGACACUAUGUGACACUGAAGUCUCUAAAGACUGAGCUUGGGGCCCACACAUGUGGGAUGAUUGUUUUCUAGAGGUGUCCACUAUGUCCUUGUGUUGUGACUUGUGAACCAGGAAAACAUUCGCUGGCCAAAUGGUUCUCAAGGCUUUGAACAAAAUUCUUUUUGUUCUCCUUCAAGUAUCCUCUAUUUUGUAAAUGUGAUAUCGAAGCAAGCAAUAAUAUGUUUGAAAAUAAACUUGAACAUUUUUCCAUUGACGUGUUUCAGUUAUACAGAUGAUGGUGCUGUCACAGGGUCCCAGAUCUGCAGAAUCAUAAAGCUGCUAGCUAGUGUGGCCAUGUGAGAAGUAACAUCAGAACACACAUACAUCAAGGAUGUGAGAAGUGUGUCAGAACAUGUGCAUAUAUACAGACAGCUUAGUUUACUAGUGAUUGUCAAAGGAAAAUGGGUAUCCUGCACUCAUAUUUUGUGAGGGAAAUGUGAGGCUCUGGUUCAAUGCAGUUGUUGCUUGAGCUGUAGGUCAAAAGUUUUGAGCCUGUUUGAAAGUGCUGCCAGAUCUGUCCUUUUUUUAAAAAAAACUUGUGGCUCUUCUAAUGGCAGUAGUUGAACAUUAAUUUUUUUCCAUUUGUUUUCGAUUACUGAAUUACCAGCGUUGUCACUGGCUGCGUAGAUACACCGGCGUACUGGUUAAAACUUCCAUUGUCCCAAGUAGACGGUAUUUGUCACAAAUUCUGUGCUUUUUAAAUUUUAAAUUUCAAUGGGGAUGUUUUUGGAACUGGUUUGUCUCACACAUGCUUUUUUCCCCGGUAUCUUUGUCACUUAAAUCUUUAGAUUAGAGAGGGAAUUGUAUUGUAAAAAGAAAGUUUCCAUUUUCCUCAAAUACAUUGUUUUUUUUCUUCCUGUUUGGAUGUAAAGCUCCCAGUCAGCUGACUUGUACUGGAAGAGUAAGAAAUGUGCUGCUUUUGUUCUCUCAUACAAACUAGGGACCAAGUGUGGACAAGAAAUGAAGAAAAACUGUCGAAACGUUUAAGCAUCUUAAAGAAGGAAGGGAAGAUGUGACAUGAUGAUGUUUUUUCAGAGUUUAUCGCAAGCAGAACCAAUAGAGCGUGACAGAACCAAUAGAGCGCAACAAAACCAAUAGAGAUCAGCAGAACCAAUAGAGUUUACAGAAAGCCAAUUUGUGGCUGUCGUCCCGUUUGUGGUGGCAGAACUGGUUAUCCAAUGUUUUUGAGCUUGGGAAUUUUUGUUCUACAUGCAGGUGUUUGCUUUUAGUAUUUUUUACUCUGAUAUGAGAUGUAAUUCUUACACUCAGUGCUAAUUUAGAAUGUCACACUGCUGGUUUUUAUAUAUAUUUAUAUAUAAUUAUAUAUAUAUACAUUAUAUUGAAUUUGUAUAUAUGUAAUAUGUCUUUAUGCACCGUUGUUGUGUGGAUUGCUGCUGAGAAUUGUACAGUUGAGCACCGAUAUCUCCAACACGCGCAACUCCCAUUCAUGGAUAUCUCGAACAAUAAGCCAUUCAUGGGCUGAACCGUUAUAUUUUCUCUGUAUUUUCUGCAACAGACACUUGGAUGUGUAAUAUAGCUCGUCUCGAAAGGCUCGAUGAAAAUUGUCCUCACUAUUGUCUCGUGUUCUAAUCAUCCUUUGCGCAAGACGGGAAAACAGCGGCAUCCAUCAUCAUGGAGAGUUUCACGUUUUACGAGGUCACAAAGCUCAGCCUUUCACAGCCUGACACACACACGCUGCUGAUACUGGCACGGUAGCUGUAGUGGUGUGUAGUUACGACUGCUGGUGCUAGCACGGUGGCUGUGGUGUGUAGUCACACGUGCUGGUACAGGCAUGGUCGCCGUGUUGUGCUGUAGCAUAUCCGUGAACCUUGUCGUGUGAGGGUGGGUGCUGGGUGGUAAGGUGUGAUUGUAGCUCUGCGUUUAGGCUGUAUGGUGUGCGGAUUAUGUUUGUUUGUGUGCCUUUGGUUGUUGGAACAUGAAGGUAUCAAUCGGGCAGUAAUGACACAAGAGGGGCGGGUGGCAUGUUCUAAACAGUCAUCAGAAUUAUCAGCAACACUCUCUCCCUUUCUCUUGCCUCGACACCACAUAAGGAGUACACACUAUCCAUCCUUCUGUCCUUUCUCUUGCUUCGAUAAUGAACAAUGAGUACACACAAUCCAUCUUGCUAUUGUUUUCUCAAUACCUUGUACUCUCCAUGAUGCCAGUGAUCUAUCUUCCAACCAUUAUACGGUCACAGUUACUUCACCUGAUUCUCCUCGAAAAAUCUCUCUUAGCUUUUAUUGUCACUGUUUAUUUUUAACUACGGAUGUGUUGGAGCACGUUGUGUCAGCCGUGGAUGUGUUUGAGGUACCGGUGCUCAACUGUAUCUUUUUGCUUCUUCAACUCUAUUUAUGCACUAAAAUAGAAGACACGUUUAUAUUUCUGUAAUCAAAUCAUUCCUUCUUUCAUAGUUCCAAGAUUGCUGUGUCAUGUUCUCUGUAGCAACGUGUGAGAUGUUGGGGGGAAAAUGUUUUGUAUUUUUCUCUGUCAAGAGUUGGGUUGCAGGAAAGAUGUACAAAUUGCAAAAAAAAUUUGGUUGAAUUCUAAUGUUAAUGCUAACAGUUACUGCCGAUGUAAUGCCAAGACUUUCUUUUUCCUACUCAGAGAAUUACAAGAGAGAGCCACAAAACAAGAGAAAGUAAUAGUAGGAUUGUACAAAUUGGCAAUCUGAAUGAGCCUUAUAUGAGGCCAUGUUACUACAUCGAUGUCGGAGGGAGAUUCUAGUCAAAGUCAAGGCUUUUCUCCUUUUCCUGCAAUGAGAACGAACAAAAUAAAUGUACGGGAUUACUUGAGUUGAACCGGGAACAGGCCACAAGAGUGUUUUAUUGCUGGUACUCGCUCUGUACAUUCCGGAUGAAUUUCAUCAGAAAUUACCUGCCUCUUGAAUAACCUAAGAGUGUUGAUAGGGGCGUGAUAUCCAUAUACUUUUUUUUCAGGACUUACAGUAUUGGCACAAUUGUUGUGAUUAUAAUUUCAUCAAUGCGCCAUUUAUUGGUAUGGUCACUUUAUGUUACGGUUGAGACACACUGGAAUGGUUCUGAUAUGUGCAUGGAGAAAUAGAUUAUAUAUAAAGAUUAUACAGUCCUGCACACACAUAGCAACAUCAACGGGACUCAGAGAGCUUUUUGUUAUUUACAAAUUUUGCUAUGUAUAUGGUUUAAAUAUAAGGAAAAUAAGAAAAAAAUUUGGGACGUGAAAAUUUGUACACCAUGUGUUCGUGUUGACGAUGUACAUGUUGACUACAAGCGUGUUGGCGAUGUACAUGUUGACUGCAAGCAUGUUGGCUAUAUGCGUGCUGACUAUUUGCAUGUGGACUGUGUGCGUGCUGGACUGUAUAACAAUACAUGUGUGAGGGACAGAAGAGCAAAGGAGGAGAUGUGUAAUUGUCUUGAUGAGGUGCAAUGGUUUAUAGUCGAGCCUGUUGUAGAUAGUUCUCAAGAAUGACGUCUGGCGGAGGAAUCCACUUACCGAACUCACACCACUCCCGUCUCUCACUCACAGAUAUUUCCCUUUCGUCAAUGGCAAGUUGCGUCAUGUGAACCCUGUACUGAAAAUCCAAGUUUUUAUUUCCAUUUGCCUUAUAAUAUUAUCCAUUCCAUCCAAAUGUUUUCUUAUACUGAACUGCUGUGUAUGCCUUUUUCAACUUUUUUGAUUUGGUCACCUCUCUAUGCAUUCCAAGGUUGUCCCCUGGGCUGGGGAGACCAUGUUUCCAUUGCUGCUGAUUCCCCUCCCGUUGUGGGGCUGUUGCUGUUGGACACCUUUGUUCUGUGGUACUCGGAGAAACUGUUGAGUCCAGUGGGAAAUUGACCGUUAUUUCAACAUUUCUGAUGCAACACCUAGCUGGCCAUUGGCCCUAGCGCCAUAAUUUGUAUAAUUUUAUUUUUUUAUUUGUGUCAUUUUAUUUUUAUCUCAGUUUUCUAUUACUGAGUUGAUGUGAGUGAGAGUUUCUAGAAUUCAUGUGGGGUUUUUUUUCUUUUGUUCUUAGCUACUCAGUUGUGAUGUUAAUUUAAUCUUUUGUAUUGACAUUGUUGAACAUUUGCGAGGAAUUCCCAUUGUGUAUGAAAUGCAGUUUGUCCUUUGAUUUUGAGUCUUUGAGAACUCAUUUGCACUUUGGUUGUUUACUGGUGGGGAGUUUAUGCUCCGCAAGGAAUUGACAACUUUUUAAAAAUGUAUGUACAAAGAACAUUGAUCAAGUCGUUCUCUGGAAACGUUUAAAUUUUCUAAUGAAGAGAGCUCUGUUGUAAUUAUGUACAUUUAAUCAGGAAUCGAACUAUCCCGUGUAUCUGCUGACAGGUGCAAUGCAAUGAAAACUUUUACCGUUGACGACAUUAUAUUGUGACCAUGAUGGGAGUUUUUUCUCAUGAUCUUUGUCUGUAGGGAUGCAGGUGAUGGAUGGAAGUUUGAUUUUUGUUUUUUAUUGGUUCCAGUUUCUGACGAUGGAAUAUUAUGUAUUUCCUUUUCCUCACAGUACCAAACAACAAUUGUAUUGAGUUGAGGUGAAUGCCUUUGAGAAGUUGAUGAUGACGAUUGUUGCUUUUUGCACUGUGUUUGUCCGCUGAGAUCAAAUGUUUGUGUCACUGUUGUUGUAGCUUUUCCUCCAGAUACCAGAGUAUUAUUCUCCAGACUGCUGUGGGUUAUCCUUGAUGAGUAGUGUUUGUUGUCUUCACCUGUUUGUUGUCUUCAUUAUGUAUUUGGCGUCUUCAUGUUUUGCUGUAAUCGAAGCUAUGGAACAGUUACUUCAAGUAUACUGGUGUCCACUUAAACUUGUUAAACUGAAAAUUUGCUGUAUCUUCUGAUUUUUUGUGUGCUGGGGAGUUUGCUUAUUAGAGAGGUUACCUGAAUAGAAGAAAAACAAACCAGGGCUUUUAUUUCCCUUUGGUUUACCGCUGUUUUCAGAUUAAUUGUCAAAGGUUUAAGCAUACUCCACUGUGCAUACAGCAGGGAUCUCAAACUCAAACCACCCGUGGUCUGGUGGAAGUCAGAUCAAAUACUUCACAAAAAAGUUUCAAAUAUUUUUUAAAGUAUCGUACAAUAAUCUAUCUAGAUCAACUCAAUUUUUUUUAGUAACAGUCAGGAACAUGAAUGGCUUUUUAGACCAUAAACGUAAGCUUCCAGGCAAAAAGAUCUUAGUGAGGAAUACAUGCAGGCUGCACCAACACUAGACUGUGAGGUCAAGUACGGGUCGCAGAGUCUCCUGUGUGCUUGUGUGUCUCAGUUGGCCCACGGACUGGGAGUUUGAGACUCCUGACCGACCGAAUGCUGUGUUGUUUUUAAUGUCUAGAAUCCAUUCACCUCAUUGCAAGGGAAAUUUCCCGCACUCACACAUUUUGUUUCCUGAAUGCAUCAGAGUAUUUUGAACAGAUAGAUAUAUAUAUAUAUAUAUCCUAACUGAACUCAACAGAACGAUGAAUUGAAUGUUUAUGUUUCCUAUGUAUUUUGUGUUUUGGGGAAAUUAUACAAACAUUUGCACACAAAAAAUUCCGUCUUUUUGUCUUUUUCAGUGUGUUGAAAACAUUCACUAGUUACAAAAUCAGAUGUGUGAGCUUACAGCGAGUUGAGUGGGUAAUUGAUCCUGUUCCUGUUUGUGAGUCCUGCUGUUUGUGAGUCCUGCUGUUUGUGAGACAUGUGUUCUCCUGGGGUUGUUUAAUUGGUUUCAAAUUUUACAUCAUGUGUAUGUUUGUUUUCUUGUUGCCGCAGUUCUCAAAGACUAUCCCUGGAACAUACUGCAGUCUCCAAGUCUGUAUAUUAAAUAUAAUUUUUUUCCCUACACUUCUUUGUGGCUCUUGUUAUACAAUAAAACAAUUCCAUGAAUUAACCACAAGCAACUGCUUUUAUACAUUUGACACCCUUAGAAUGACAGGGUUCUAGUUCCAUGACUUAUAGUUUGUAGAAUUUGAUGAAUUCGAAGUUUCACACUCAGAGCUCAAAUGUUUUUACCCCUUACUUGACUUUGAAAUUGAAAAAAAAAUGCUGGCCAGAUUGUCUCUUGCCUUUGACACAGUGGCAGGGCAUCUGUGUCUGUAAUGUGUAGUGUGAAUUUCCGUUCUCACAAACAGUGGAGUUAGAACUGUGUCGUGCUAAGGGUGUUAACGAAAGGGCCAUGUGAAACAAUGCUUCAACGCCGCACCUGAGAACAAGGAGAGAAAAACAUUGAGAGAAGAAGACAGAACAAGCUCUUGUGUUGUGUGUGUGUGUGUGUGCGGGACAAAUUAUGUAAGACGAUACAAUGAGGUGAAUGUUUCUGUCUGUGUAUGAGGACAGAGUGGGGAGAGUGUUUCUGUCUGUGUAUGAGGACACUGUGAGGUGCACUGAAAUUUAUUGGUGCAUCUGCUUUUUAGCAAAAUUUCUGUUCUGAAACAGGGCACUUCUGUCGAUUGUUUUUUCUCAAUAUUUAGACCUACCAGCUUCAGCACUUUGAUGUGGAUUGUAAUUUUGAUUGAUCUUACUGUGUAACAUGUAAGAUUUGAUUUGAGGACUUUACUAAUUAAGAUUUUCUCUGAUUUCAAAUUUUUAUCCCCUCUCGGUUGUUAAGAAAAAUAACCAACAAUAACAGUUCAUGUAGAGAGAGAAGACAGGAAAUCAACACAAUGUAAAAGUGUGACGUUCCAAGUCAAAUUAGGCUUUCAGAUAUUUUUUUUAGAAUCUAUAAUUUACAUCCCUGUUCAGUUGCUCUUUGUUUAGCUAUAGGUUUAAAAAUUUCUCUUCACACAGACAAGGUUUUUGCUUUUGAGCUUAGAAUAAGUUAGAAUUCCAUUUUCUUUGGAACAACACUGUGACAUUUGACUUCUCAUUUUUAGCCACAAUCAUGCAAGCUGAAAAAUGUUUCUGUUCUCAAGUAGGCUUAUUCCUUCAACAUAGUCACGUACUCUGUGUUUGUAAGUUAGUUUUAAUGUGCAGUCAAUGUAAGGGACUGAUUCCGAACAUAUUCUGGUGUCUGCUGGGUAAGUAAUGCUUAGGCUCUUCGCCUUCAACACUGGUGACUAGAGUUUGAGUCCCUCGGGAAGAAUAGAGUUUGAGUCCCAUGGGAAGAAUAGAGUUUGAGUCCCAUGGGAAGAAUAGAGUUUGAGUCCCAUGGGAAGAAUAGAGUUUGAGUCCCAUGGGAAGAAUAGAGUUUGAGUCCCUCGGGAAGAAUAGAGUUUGAGUCCCAUGGGAAGAAUAGAGUUGGAGUCCCAUGGGAAGAAAAUCAUGUUCUCGACUUCCCCAUAUUCCAUGUUUCUGCUGAGAUUCUGUCACCCAUUCAGCAUGGGUUGACAUCGAUGAGCAGCAGCCUCUUACAUGACGAAACUUGUGUCGAUGGGAGCGUAAAAAAUUUGCAAUCAUUUAGGAUGGUGGUUUCCUUUUUUAUCAGUACUUACUAACUUAGUGUUGUUAAACAUUCACUCUCUCAAGGAAACUGUUGAUAGUUCAAACUGUUUUGUGAUAGUAAAUGUUGUAAGCAUUGUAGGCUACCAUGGACUACAUUACUGAAACUUGUGUGUGUAGAAGUUAAUGAGUUUGGAAGUGCUGUAGAUCUAUUAUUACUUUUUGUUGUUUUGGAAUGUUCUGCUGGUUCUCAGUGAUCUGUCGACGGACUGCUCAUGUCAAGGAUUUAUCCCAUCUUAGAAGCGACUGUACUAUCAUAUAAAUGUAACAGCUUUUUACUACCCGAUGCUAGAUGUUAGCAUCACGUGGUUGUCAACUCGUCACACACCCUCAGGUCAGACAUGGGCAAGCAUGUCCCAAGUUGCGGACUGGAUGAAGUGAUUCCAAAUAUCUUGUGGAUCAAGGCAGGAGAAAAAUUGAUGAAACUGGUUGAAAUACCUAAGCUCUUGAAAGUGAGACUAAAACUGACACUGUAUUAGCGUAUAGCAUGUAACGUUUAAUCUUUUUUAUCUCUCUCCCAGUAAAGCAGGGUCAUUCAAAGAGAGGUGAAGAUUUUUUAAAAUGUGCCUACAGGGAUAUCUUUUUGUUCUUCAGACUAUUUCUACCACAGACAAAAAGUAGCGUAGCAGCUAGCUCCUAGUAGGCCUACUAGUAGUUGCUCUUUACGUGUCAAAACAUUUUUUUUCUUCAGCCCUCCCUUCCAUAAACUGAUGCCUUGUGUAAACCCAAUUAACCAAGGAAAGACUUCCGAAAAUAAUUUAGUUGGAAAUUUUUUGACUCUAAACAAACAAGAAAAGGCUGGAAGAUGGGAUUGUUUCUUUCUCUGUGUUUUUAAAAAAUUUUGUUAUCAUUGUAUCUAUCUACUAUCUGUACUGGAGUGUGAAGCUGUGCUAACGGUAUCUCUGUGGAAGUUUUUCUAGAUGUGCCGCUGGGUUUUGUUUGGUUAGUUGAAUUGAUUGCCUGUGUGUGUGUGUAUUUAUAAUAAAACUCCUUAUGGCAGUUGUGUCAGUAUAUUUUUUUGUAUGAUUUCUCCUUUUCAAGGGAUAUGAAAUUAUUUUCUAUUGUUCUAACUUGAGAAUGAAGUUUUGACUUGAAUCCAUCAUUCCUACUAUGUACGGUAUAAUUGGCAUCUUUUUAUAAGUAUAAGUCAUCUUUUGCUUUUUAUUUUCCUCAUAUGGCGGAAUAAACCAGAGAAUCAUGUUCGCAAA